UGACUAGUUCCUUGCUCAUACGUCACGGAUGGCGAGGGAAGCUCAACCCCGGGAUUUCCUAUCUUCAGUACAAUUCUUUUCUGGAGAAGUGGGACGGUGCUUCUGCUAGACCGAAAGAAAAUGUCCAAGGCAUUCUUCCCGAUCGUAGCACGAAUGGGGAAGCUGCGAAAGGAAUGGGGUAUGCUUUAGCCUUAUCUCUCAGCAAGGAACUCCGGGCUGGGCGCUGAAUCGCUGGUUUUCCCGUCUACUGGCAGGCGAAUGGAACACUCUGCUGGUCUGAGCGGUGGAAAGUCGAGCGGGCCGCUGGCAGAGCGGGGGGGGGCGGCAGCAGCGGCGAGCGUGUUGCUUCAUCUUCAGCCUGGAUCCAAGAAUGGACAUUAUAACCUAUGAUGAUUACUCCAGUUCACCGCUUCAGAGAUAUUGAGAGGAAACCAGAAUAUCUUCAACCGGACAAGUGUGUCCCACCUCCCAGAUACAGUUCCUCAGGAACAAUGUGGUUUAUUCGAGAUGGUUGUGGUAUUGCCUGUGCAGUUAUCACCUGGCUCCUGGUAUUUUAUGCUGACUUUGUAGUGAUCCUCGUAAUGCUGCUUCCAUCAAGAGACUAUAUUUAUAGUGUAAUCAAUGGAAUAGUUUUCAAUACUUUGGCAUUCCUGGCUCUGGCUUCACAUUUGAGAGCAAUGUUAACAGAUCCAGGUGCAGUGCCCAAAGGUAAUGCCACAAAAGAAUUCAUAGAGAGCUUACAGCUGAAGCCAGGACAAGUAGUUUAUAAGUGUCCGAAAUGCUGUAGUAUCAAACCGGACAGAGCACAUCACUGCAGUGUUUGCAAGAGAUGUAUACGGAAAAUGGAUCACCACUGCCCAUGGGUUAAUAACUGUGUAGGAGAGAACAACCAGAAAUACUUUGUACUGUUUACAAUGUAUAUAGCACUAAUUUCUCUGCAUGCUCUAAUCAUGGUUGGAUUUCACUUCCUAUAUUGUUUGGAAGAAGACUGGACAAAGUGCAGUUCUUUCUCUCCACCAACUACUGUGAUCCUUCUGAUCCUCUUGUGUUUUGAGGCUCUCCUUUUUCUGAUUUUCACAUCUGUAAUGUUUGGAACACAGGUACAUUCCAUCUGCACUGAUGAAACAGGAAUAGAACAGUUGAAAAAAGAAGAGAGAAGAUGGGCUAAAAAAACAAAAUGGAUGAACAUGAAAGCAGUAUUCGGCCAUCCGUUCUCUAUAGUUUGGCUUAGCCCAUUUGCUACUCCAGAUCAAGGAAAAGCCGACCCAUAUCAGUAUGUGGUCUAAGAAUUCAUGACAACAUUUUCACCCAAACAAAACUGCAUUUGCGGCACUAUGUCUAUUACAUAUGAAUGUUUCCAAUGAAAAAACCUUUUGUUUAAAAAAAAACUGCCUGUAAAGGGCAGAUAACUACAGAGAAAAGUUGAGGGAGGGAAAAAGCAGGCCUGUAUUCUGCAAACUUUGGUAAUUCUUCAUCUCUGGCUGAAGCGUUUUCUUCUUUUUUUUUACUUAAUAAUUUGACUGGCCUAUUUUUUCCUUGUCUGCUUGCUGACACAACUAAUGUAAAGGAGAAACUCCUCUCUCUGUAUUUACACAAUCACUAAACAACAGCCUAUGCCAGGAAUAUCAUUUUAUAUGGGUAGUCAUGAACUUCUUUGUGGCAGAAAAUACUUUUAUGUUGUGGUAUUUUGUAUGCAUCUGAGUUAAAGCCUCACAUAAUAUCUGAAAUAAUGAAAGAGAAAAUACAGCUCAACUAGAAGGCCAGUUGAUAACUUUGCUUAGUUUUUAAGCUUUAAAAUAUGUUGCCAACACUAUUGUAUUUUGGAGAGCUACAGAAUUAUUCUUGUGCUGUUUUUUUAACCAUAUCUUUCUGGAAAGCAGGAAUUGUCAUUAUUGGUUAUAUGAAUGAAAGUUGUUAUAUGUGUGGCUUUGUAAUGCCUUAUAAUUGAAGAAAUGUGGGAAGUUGAUUUAAAUGUGUAGAAUAGCAAGAUAAAAUUUGUAUUAAUUAAAAAAGGGGAAUGGUUAAUAAAUAGUGUUUAUAUAUAGAAGAGGCUUAAAAAUCCAGGUAAAAGUCUAGCAUUGUUCUAUAAUUUUAUUUUUAACAUUACCUCCUUUUCAUAUCUUUAGAUAUUUGUUCUGCUUUAAUUCUAUUCAUAUAUAUUUUACAAUUAGAACUGUCAUGUGUAAAAAGAUCAUGCAUGCCUUCGUUCAUGAUUAAAUUGAUGGCAAACUGUAUACAUAGUAAGAGCUUGGAAAUGAGGACUAAAUAGAAGGCAUUCUAUUUAAAACAAAUAUAAGUAGAACAUCUUACACCCAAACUGAGUGAGUCUGUAACACUUUAGAAUAUAGGCAGGGAUUUCAUUGCAUAUUUUGGAUUUUAAAAAUUCUGAUGGUCUCAUUUGGAAAAUAAUGUGAAUGCUGCAUUUUUUCAGUACUGUCAAUGCUUCCAUAUGGGGAACAAAUGCAAUAAACCUUUUCUGAACACUGCUUCUGUGCCUUUAUUUAAAACAAGUUUUUCUAAAUUCCAUUGUCCUCUAGAUUGUAGAUAGUUGAGUAAUUAGUGUUAAAUUUAUUUGGAUAAAAUAGUCCUAUGGCUACACUUUUAUAUUCUGUCAUUAUAUGUUCAACAAGCAAGCAGACAUUUUUGUAACAAAACUAGUUUUCUAUUUCCACAAUUACAUAUUAAAAUUUUUAAUGCAGAAGAAUAUAUUUUGUGGGUCAGUAAUCCUCAAUGAUCUGUGUUAAGAGAUGUUUUGAAAAAAAUACUUACAGCAAUCAUAAGAAAUAGAUAUUACCUUUCAAUCUUGGAAGUAAGAGUCACUGAAUUCAGUGAAAUUUAUUUUAAGCUAUUAUAUUUAGAUCAUGAUUUUGAUUUUUUUUAAAAUGAUACUAUAAUUACUAGCCUAUUAGACAAAGAACCUCAGUGAUUUAUAAAACAAGUUAUUGGAAAGAGAAUAUGAAAAUGUGUUUAGGUCUUCUCUACAUAUUAAAAGUAAUUUACCAGAUUUAUUCCAGCAGACCAACUUUCCAGUGAUGAGGGAGCAUUUUCUGUUCCAGUUUUCAUCAGCUUUCUAACUGUAGAAUUUUAUCUCCAUGGAGGCUUGGAUCAUUUCCAUUUUGAGGAAUUUUGGACAGCAUAUUCUAUAGUUUCCCAAGUUUUAAAUAUCUCUCUAGAAAUUAAAUAGAUCUGAGGAUGGGUGGUUCUGUUAGCUGUAUUAUUUUAUGGUGUAUUUUUGGUGGAUCAUAAAAAUUAUACUGCAAUAAAUUUGUCACAGGAUACCAUUUUGGAUUUGCUAUAAUAAACUAAUUUGUCUAUCUCUGAAAAAAAGUCAAAUAAUUUUAUGUUUGCCUAGCUAUCAAUGAAUAAAAUUAUUUACAUUCAAGUCAAAUAAAUGAUUUUACACU